AAAGCCCAUUUAUAAUUUACUCCCUCCUCACAAUCCGCCUCCCAAACCCUCCGCCCUCCCCCAUCUCGAUUGCCGCGAACCGCAUCGCCGCCUCUGGACCCCGGCACAGCAGCGGGCUUCUUCUUCUUUUUUUUUUUUCCUUCGCAAUUAGUCACUAGAUUCUGCAGCAAAAAUCUAGGAUUCUGAGCGUGGGAGAGGAAGAAUGGCGGAACACAGCGAAGAAGAAGAAGAGAAAUCAUUCAAAGAAUUAGGAGUGUGUGACCAACUUGUCGAGGCUUGCCACAAUUUGGGCUGGAAAACCGCUUCUAAGAUUCAAGCCGAGCUUGUCGGAGGAAUUGAUAAAGUACGCCAGAGCAUUUUGCUUGCAAACCGACCAAAUAUUCUUGUGGCAACACCUGGUCGUCUCUUGGACCAUCUUUCAGAUACCGAAGGCUUUUCUCUCCGUGGCUUGAAGUUUUUGGUGUUGGAUGAGGCAGACAAGUUACUAAAUGCUGAUUUUGAGAAAGCACUUGAUAAGCUUCUGGGUUAUAUUUCCCCCCGUGAGAGGACAUAUUUGUUUUCUGCCACCAUGAGCAAGAAGAGUGUCUUGGCAUGUCAUCAGACCAAAAUAAUAAAGGAAACAAAGUGGACAGUUCUCAGGCAUGUCCUUAUGCGUCUGAGAUGCACACGUACAUGUGAUGCAACUCGUUUCUUAGCUUUAAUGCUUAGAAACCUUGGCCUAAGUGCCAUACCAAUUAGUGGCCAAAUGACUCAGGUUUCAGAUAUUCCCUUUGUUUCAUUUUGACAUAUGCUUCUAUUCAAAUUACUACGUGCGUACUAAUUUGUUGACAAUUGUGACAGGAAAAAAGACUCGGAGCGCUGAACAAAUUCACAGAUGGAGAGUGCAACAUUCUUAUUUGUACUGAUGUUUUAAGUCGAAGACUUGAUAUCCCAUAUGUAGACAUGGUUAUUAACUAUGAUAUCCCAACAAACUCUAAGGAUUAUAUUCACAGAGUUGGAAGAACAGCGAGAGCUGGUCGAUAUGGAGUUGCCAUUUCACUUUUAAACCAAUAUGAUCUGUUGUGGUAUAAACAGAUAGAGGAACACCUUGAGAAUAAGAGAAAUGGGAGGCUACAAGAAGAGAAGAGGGGGUGAUGAUGAGGAAGACAAUGAUGCGUAUUAUUAUUUGGGUA